AUGGCCCAAACAGCGAGGAAAAAACGCCUGGCGCCGAAAGUUGAUUUAUCUACGGUGAAUGCUGUGGGUGAUGCAUCAAAGUUUCAAGUUGAAACAUACGACUAUGACGAAUUGCAGACAGGAAAGCCAGCGAACGAAAUCCAGCUCGAAAACGAUUUGUUGUACUUACUCCACACUCCAGCAGAAAAUGGAGACCAACUUCCAUCUGUAGACGAAGGAAUCAAAAUUGCCCAUGCGAGACGAUCUCGCAAAACUAAGAAUGGAAAAGCUCACAUGACAGUCAAGAAAGAGGAGAUCACAGCAGAUAUAGAUGAAAUAAUCUUCUCGAGCGAUGAUGAGGGAGAAAGCGAAUCCAAAGAGGGAAAGAAAGCUAAAGGAAAACAAAAAUCUCCUCUGCGUGGCAAGAUGAUCAAAAAAGACAAGCUGAGCGAACCUACGGAAGAUACACUGUCAAUCAAAAUCAAACCCUUGAAAGAAGACCAAACUGUAACAAAGGUACUGGCUAACAGUUCUGACAAGGCGGAAAAGAAGAAGAAGAAGAGGAACAAAAAUAAAAAGACGGAGAGUUUGGCAAAAACAGAACCAAUUGUUGAGAAUGAUCGUACUGAUGGGGCAGACAGUGUCGGAGAUUCAGAGACACCAGGUUCAGAAACGCCAGAAGGUUCAGAUGUCAAGGAAUAUAAUGACUUGGCUGAGGGUGCUAAGGAAUCCGCAAAGAAGAAACGCAACAGAAGAAGUAAGAAAUCAAAGAAAACUAAACAGGACGAAAUGGCAACGAAUGAAGAGGCGAACACUGCCUCAGGAUCGGAAAAGACAGGCAACGGGGCACUUGAAAAGCCUACCGGAGUGAAUGACGCUACAGAAACAUCGGAUGAUGCUAAAGCAAAGCAACAGCAAGAUAUGAAGCGGCCCAGAUCGCUGGCUAUCGCACUUUCAGCGACUAACUUGCCUGAGAUACAACCCAUAACGACUAUUAUUGGACUCCCGUUUGACCAGAUACUUCAUAUGAAACCAACAGAUGUGAAGAUAAAAACUAUUCAGACAGUGAGCAACUUAUCCAAAACCUGCAAGCAUGUUCUUCAGUUCACACUUGGUGAAUCAGAAGGACUUUUCAAAGACAAGCAAAAGCAGACCAUUUUUGUCGAGCUUUGCAUUAACGUGGCGCUUUACGAGUCGGCCGGUUUUAAUUUAACCGCUAAAAAGUAUCCGGAUAUGGCUUCGUGGCUCGCUAAGUAUGAGCCACUAACUUUGCAAUCUACCAAGACGAAGCUCACAGUAUCUAAGAAAGCUGCCCACACAAAUAAUUUUGACUACACUGUGUUCUCUUACAUUGGACAUAUUAUUCUCUGGGCUCUGCAUUUGCAGUCAUCUAAUGGCAUAACAACGGUUUUAGAAAAAUUGAAUUUGAAUGUGACCCGAAAGCAAAUUAUGGACGAAUUGGGCGGAUACCAUUUGUGGGACCGAAUUCGCCGCAACCCCAAAACCAUCAACACAAAGAGAUGGAAGCACAUUCAAAAAUUUAGACAAAAUUUCCCUUUCGAGGUUGACCAAUUUGUGUUGAUUUUGCGCUACAUGUGUCUUGACAUCAGCAUGCCUUCGCAUUGA